UUCCGGCCGGUCUUUUCUUGUUGACGGACCCCCGCCGCGGAGGAGUCUCUAAGCGCACCGGAGAAGCGGCGAAGGAGACCGAGACCGGGAAGGCGGACAUGGAGGCCCCCGAGAGGAAGGUGCCCAGGGCUAUACUUGGCCAUGGAGAAUAUGACUCUGAUUUUAGCGAUGAUGAAACAGUGGGGAAAUCUUUCCAACAGAAAAAUAGCGAAGAUGCAAUCCUCAAAAAGCCCUUCCAGAAGGAGAAGCAGGACAAGGUGGCUCACAGACAGGUGGCAAUGGAUGAAUGGGACAGGGAAGAAGCCAGAAAUAGACGCUUCCAUUUCAUAGCAAUGGAUGCUUAUGCAAGACAUAAGAAGCUUGUAAAUGAUUACAUUUUAUACUACGGUGGUAAGAAAGAAGACUUCAGACGCUCAGGAGAAAACGAUAAGACUGACCUUGAUAUUAUAAGGGAGAACCACAGGUUCUUGUGGAGAGAAGAGGAUGAAGUCGAUAUGAGCUGGGAGAAGAGGCUGAGCAAGAAAUACUAUGAUAAAUUAUUCAAAGAAUACUGUAUAGCGGAUCUGAGAAACUACAAAGAAAACAAGUUUGGAUUUAGAUGGAGAUACGAGCAAGAAGUGGUUUCGGGAAAAGGGCAAUUUUCUUGUGGAAGCAAACACUGCGAUGAAAAAGAAGGCUUAAAGAGCUGGGAGGUGAAUUUUGGUUACGUUGAACACGGGCAAAAGAAAAAUGCACUCGUCAAAUUAAGACUCUGUCCAGAAUGUUCUUUCAAAUUAAAUUUUCAUCACAGGAAAAGGGAGGUCAAACCGGGAAAGAAGCAAGACAACAAUGAACAAAGUUCCAAAAUUUUAAAGGGCAAAAAGUCAAAAGGAUCUUUACCACACGGGCAGAAGGCGAAGAAAAAGAAGAUCCAUGAAGGCCCAGCAUCAUUGGAAGAAUCGAACCAGACUGAUGAAGACUCAGAUGAUCAGGAAGAGGGUCCCUCCGAGGCAGAUUUCUGGAGAGGUCCGCCACAGGAUGCUGAAGAAAAAACAAGGGAGGAAGAAUUUGACGAAUACUUUCAAGACUUGUUUCUCUGAAAUGAGAUCUCCAAAUCUGAAAUUUGUUUCUCCAUACUCCUCAACAUCUGUAAAUAAAAAGCAGGUUUUCACA